AUGAAUGAAAUGGAAGAUAGAGAAUUUUACUUAUAUUUUUUAAAUGACUUAUCUUACAUUCCAAGACCAUCAAAAUGGGUAGAAUUUAUUAUGGAAAAACAAAUAUUUUCAUUACUUAAAACGACUUUAGAAUAUAUUCGUUUUAUUCAUGUUAUGGCCAGUCAUAUUUUACUAUCUCUUUUUACAGAUCUGACGCUUCCACUAAGUCAACCAUUUAAUUUUAUGUUCAUGAUCUUAUCUUUUUUUAUUACUUCCUUAAUACUCUUUCCAGUGAAUAUUAUUUUAGAAAUAUGCAAGAUGAUUAAGAUAUUUGAUUUCGAACUCUAUAAUGAGGAUAAAUGGAAUCUUAUGACUGCAAAAAAAGGAUUAGAUGAUAUAAAAGAUAUUGUACAAAAGGGUCGUAAUGCAUUAGGUUCUAACAAUCGUAAUUCAAAAGUCUUUAAUCUCGAUAUGGUUGAAACUCUAUUAAUACUAAGCACCAUCAUCUACGACCAAAAAGUUGAUAAAGUUCGUGAAGUUUAUAAGAAAUUAAAAAUUCAUGAGGGUGAUGACUUCGAAGAUCUUAUAGAUGAAUGUCGUGAAGCGUAUGAAGAUAUCGAUAAAAAAGCCAAAGAUUUGAAGUUUAAUUUUCUACCACUCUCGGAACUUAACAGUCCUGAUUCUCUAUUUUCUGGAAUGUAUUUAUCCGAACAUAAAAAUAAUCAAGAGAAUAAUUUCAUUGUUAUAACAUUUAAAGGUACAUCACCAACAAAUUUUACUGAGUGGUUAACAGAUUUUCUUUUUAUGCGAGUGGAUGCAAGCCAAUUCGUGUUUGGAGAGAUUCAUAAAGGUUUUUAUGAUAAUUUUUUCCCUAAAACUUCGGAUGAAACUAAAGAAAGCUAUCCUGCUAAACGAAUGGUUGAGGCUAUAUGUAAUAUAGCCAAAAAGAUGCAUGAGAGAAACAAAAAAAAAGUUAACAUUUGGAUAACUGGUCAUUCACUUGGCGCGGCUUUGGCACAGGUUUUCUAUGCAAGGCUUAUAAAGAUUGGUACUCUUCCGGAAUACUGUGUGUUACGAGACGCUUAUGUUUUUGCUGGACCAGCCGUAGGAGAUAAAGAAUUCGCAUCUUCAUUCAAUGGCAUCUUUCACAAAAAUUUUGAAGAAAACAAAACGCUUUGGCGAAUCGUUAAUACCAAUGAUAUCGUUACUAAAAUGCCACCACAACAUUUGUACGGUGUAUUACGUCGAUAUAUCACGAAAGAUGACAUCCUUAAUUAUUAUAGUAUCGGUUAUAAAGUUCAUCUCUUUCUAGAUAACAAUAAACCUAAAGGUAUAGUCUUUCGUGAAAAAAAUAAUGAUGAUGAUGAUGAGGUAGAUGAUAACUUGGGAUCGAUGGAGGACUUGUUGAGACAAAAACUUAUUGAUGAUAGGAAGGAUUAUGAAGAUAGUGAGAUUACAUUAAAUAAUGUUUUAAAUGUUAUUCUUGGUAAACAUAAUAUAGAAUCCUAUAAUGAUUAUUAUGAAAACCAUUCAUCGGAAGAUUGUACUAUGGAUAAAAUUGAAUCUUUCAUCCCAGGAUAUUUUCAUAAUCACUACCCUCAUCGUUAUUUUAUGGCCAUGGAACGUUUGAGAUCUGACAAGUUUGAACUUAUAGUGGGAGAUUAUAAAAAUAUUAUAGAUAAAGUAUUAGCUGAUGCUCAUGUGGUAUUGUAA